AUGAAAAGAUCAAUGACUACAAAAAUAAAUUAUAAUGAUUGGUCAAAAGAGGAGCUAAUUAAACAUAUAGAGAAAUUAGAAAAUGGUAUAAAUGGAACAACUACUGUGGUGCUGGAAAAACUCGAACAACCAAAGAAGAAACUAAAAGAAGUAAAGCCUUUUAAUUGGGAUAAAUUCAAUUUUAGAUUUGUUGCUAUUAAAUUCGCAUAUUUAGGUUGGAAUUAUAAUGGUUUAGCAUUACAAUUAGAAAAAACUCCAUUACCUACAGUUGAAGAAAUUAUACUAAAAGCAAUGACUAAAGUUAAAUUAAUUAAAGAUCCAAUUGAUGAAGUUACAUAUUCAAAAUGUGGUAGGACAGAUAAAGGAGUAAGUGCAUUAAAUCAAGUAAUUUCAAUAAAUUUGAGAUCAAAUUUAACACCAGAAGAACAAAUGAAACCAGAAAAUGAUAUUAAAGAGUUAGAUUAUAUUUCAAUUUUAAACGCAAAUUUGCCUGAAGAUAUAAGGAUACACGAAAUUUGUCUCCGACCACCAAAGGAUUUCGAUGCUAGAUUUAGUUGUGAAUAUAGACAUUACAAAUAUUUUUUCAAAAAGAAUGAUUUGGAUAUUGAUUUAAUGCAAAAAGGUGCUGAUUCAUACUUGGGUGUUCAUGAUUUUAGAAACUUUUGUAAAUUAGAUGGAUCAAAACAGUUGACAAACUUCACUAGAGAGAUAUUUAAGUCUGAGAUUGUCCAUUUAAUCGAUGAUUAUUAUUAUUUUAAUUUACAAGGUAAUGCAUUUUUGUGGCAUCAAGUACGAUGCAUGAUUGGAAUACUAUUGCUUGUUGGACAGAAACUAGAAUCACCAGAGAUUGUCUCAGAUCUCAUGAAUAUUGACAAAUUUUCAACUAAACCAGUUUAUGAAAUGGCCAAUGAUAUACCUUUAGUUUUAUAUGAUUGUAUAUUCCCAGAAAUGGAGUGGCUUCAAGCAAAAGAUUUACACAAGAAUAAUUACCUCAUUAAAAGAUUCAUUGGGUUUGAAUAUGAUUUACAAAUUAAAUCUAAAAUGAGCGAAGUUAUGGAAGAGAUGUUAUUGCUGAAAUAUAAAUUACAUGAAGAUGAUACAAAAUAUAUGAAUGUAGGAGACGGUGUUGGACGAAGAUUUAAGGAUUAUAUACCAUUGGAGAAACGUGAUAGAAGUGACAGUUAUGAAGUGAUUAACGCUAGAUGGUUGAAAAAGAAAGAGCUGCUGAGAAAUAAAGAAUCAACAAUCAUUGAAAUAUAG